AUGUCUCUGUUGGACCAGGCUACGCGCAUUGCGCGCGAUUUCGAAUACCCCGCCGAACAGGUGCAGCGCGGGGUGAAGGAGUAUAUCCGCCAAUCCGAUGAAGGUCUAGGCAAGGAGGGCACAACGCUGAGCCAGAUCCCAACGUUCGUGACCGCCGUGCCAAACGGAACGGAAAAGGGUCUAUACUUGGCUGUUGAUUUGGGUGGCACCAACUUCCGGGUGUGCUCGGUCCUCCUGCACGGCGAUACCACCUUCUCCCUCACCCAGUCCAAGAUCCUGAUUCCCCGGGAAUUGAUGGCCUCGGGCACCUCCAAGGACCUCUUCCUCUUCUUGGCCCGCCAGAUCGAGUCGUUCCUGCGGAUCCACCACAACGAGCACUUCGAGGCCCACCAACUGCGCCGCCGCGAGGACAGCAACGCGGAGGACCUGUUUGACCUCGGUUUCACCUUCAGUUUCCCCGUGCGCCAGUGCGGAAUCAACCGCGGGACCUUGAUCCGCUGGACCAAGGGCUUCAACAUCCCCGAUGCCGUUGGCCACGAUGUCUGCGCCUUGCUCCAGAACGCCAUUGAUGAACUCAACCUCCCAGUGCGCGUGGCUGCCCUGGUCAACGACACCGUUGGUACCCUGAUGGCCCGCUCAUACACCUCCCCCGGUGAGACUGGAACUUUCCUCGGUGCCAUCUUUGGUACUGGUACCAACGGUGCCUACGUCGAGAAGACCAAGAACAUCACCAAGCUUCAGCACAUGAAGGAUGCCCACUUCGACAACUCGACCGGCGAGAUGAUCAUCAACGCCGAGUGGGGUAGCUUCGAUAACCACAUGAGUGUGCUCCCCACCACCGUAUUCGACGACGAGCUGGAUGCCGACAGCAACAACCCCGGCGUGCAGAUGUUCGAGAAGCGUGUUUCGGGCAUGUUCUUGGGUGAGAUCCUGCGUCGCGCCCUUCUGUCCCUCCACAACUCCGACCUGGGCUUGUUCAAGGCCAACAAGGACUCCAAGGUCACCAUCUCCGAAAAGUCCAUGCUCUUCCGUCAAUGGGGUCUUGACACUAGCUUGCUGAGCUCCGUGGAAGCCGAUAGCAGCAAGGACUUGGUCGACAUCAAGACCGCACUGCGGGAUCAUCUUGAAAUUGAGAAUCCCAGCCUUGAAGAAUGCCAGGCUAUCAAGAUCCUGGUCCACGCCAUUGGCAAGCGUGCCGCACGUCUGAGCGCCGUCCCACUGGCAGCUAUCAUCACCUCAACCAACAAGCUCGCCACCGACGACAUCAUCGAUGUCGGUGUCGAUGGAAGUCUGGUGGAGUUCUACCCCAACUUCGAGGGACACAUGCGUGAUGCCUUGCGCGAAGUCCCCGAGGUCGGAGUUGCAGGCGACAAGAAGAUCCGCAUUGGUAUCUCCAAGGACGGAAGCGGUGUCGGCGCAGCUCUGAUUGCCCUUGUCGCCAGCAAGGACGCCGGUCUUGAGAUCCCUCACGAGAUCUAA